UAAAAAAAUCAUCUACGUUCUUCAACUUGACAUGUUUCUUUACAAAACCAACUGUAAAGGGUAGAACCAGAGAGAAGUUUACUCUCAAGUAAUCAAAAGUAAUAAUAGUAAAAGGACUAAUCCUAAUGCAAAAGCAGAAGAGCAUAAUGAAAAAAAAUAAAAAAAUUGUUUCCUUUGGUGAUGGAAACAAUGCUUCAUCUUGUUGCAAUUUUACAAACCCCCAAAGUAUCAACUUCGUAUAUGCUUAAUACUUCUGCAACUUCUGUUUGUCCUGCUCAAAUAAAGGCGGCAAACACGGACAAUUUUCCGAAUAUAUUACCAUCUGCAAUGCUCAAAACAAACGGUCUGAGGAAUAAAGAAUAUAUCUUAACUCUAGACUAUAAAUAUCAAGUGUUUCUCAUUCUCAUUUAUCACCAGAAAGGAAAAAGCUCUCUUCCCAAAUUAUUAACAAUCCUUUCUUCUCAAUAUUUAACAGAUAUGGGUAUCACCACAUUCACAGAAGAGCACACUUCCCCAGUCCCUCCAUCAAGAAUCUUUAAGGCCUCCAUUGUUGAUUCUCACAACUUAAUACCAAAGCUGAUGCCACAAGCCAUUAAAAGCAUUCAGAUCAUCCAAGGUAAUGGAGGAGCCGGGAGUAUUAAGCAGAUCAACUUUGCUGAAGGUUAGAUGCAAACUACAGACACUCUUGGCAUUAAUAAGUUAGACAAAAAGAUAAGGGAUUUUAUUUUUAUUUUUUUAAAGAGCCCUUUUUUACAGUCAAGGUGACUGAAAAAAAAAAGGAUUAUAUAUAAAGUUUUCAGUUCAAAUACCUUCUUUUGCACUAAAAAGUCAAUUAUAGCUAUAUUCAGAAAGGGUCCUUCACCACCAUUUCCCCUUCCUCUUCUUAAUUUGGACCCCAGAAGCUACACAGGUGGUCACAGGGGAGAUAGGUAAGAAAGAACAGUGGAUGGGAUGGGGUGGGGUGGGGUGGGGUGGGGAAGAAAGAAGGGCUAGUUCAUUUGCUCUCUCCAGCAUGUCCUUCCCAGAUAUAAUAAACCUAAAAGACAAUAUUUAAAGCUAAGAAAC